AUGACCGAGUAUGUUGCUGGCUCUUUACUUAAAUGUUUUCUGGGAGAUAAGAAGCCUACGAUAGAUCGUGAGCUAGACGCCUUAUUCAAAAAUAGUGCAGGACCAUCAGUCUCCAGGGAAACG